AUUUUAUAAUCACAUUUUGUAUUAACAAAAGCCAUACCUUCUAAAAUUUUCAUUGAAAUCUCCUCAAGAACCCCUAAACUCAAGCUGCAUAUCAUAAUGCGGCCUCUGCAAUGGAUACUCAUCUUCUCAAUCUGUGCAACUCUUUUUUUGACAACAAAAGCCGGCCCUGGGGCUGAUAAAAUCACUAGUUUGCCUGGUCAACCACAGGUCACUUUUCAGCAAUAUUCAGGAUACAUAACCAUAGAUGAGAAGCAAAAGAGAGCUCUUUUUUACUACUUUGUUGAAGCAGAAACAGACCCAGCUUCAAAGCCACUCGUUCUUUGGUUAAAUGGAGGGCCUGGUUGUUCUUCCAUUGGAGCUGGAGCUUUCGUGGAGCAUGGUCCUUUUAGGCCAAGUGGAGACGUGUUGCUCAAAAAUGAAUAUAGUUGGAACAGAGGAGCAAAUAUGUUAUACCUGGAAUCACCUGCCGGGGUUGGCUUCUCCUAUUCAGCAAAUAAAUCUUUCUACUCAUUUAUCAACGAUGAGAUCACAGCACGAGAUAAUCUUGCCUUCCUGGAAAAUUGGUUCAAGAAAUUCCCAGAGUACAGAAAUAGAGAUUUUUUCAUCACUGGGGAGAGUUAUGCCGGCCACUAUGUCCCACAACUAGCACGACUCGUAAUUCAAUCCAACAUGAAGUCCAAUUUCAAGGGAAUAGCAAUAGGGAAUCCCCUUUUGGAUUUUGAUACUGAUUUCAACUCAAGGGCUGUGUACAUUUGGUCUCAUGGACUGAUAUCAGAUUCUACUUUUGAAAUGUUCACUUCAGUGUGUAACUACUCUCAAAUUAGUAGAGAGAUGCAAAAUGGAACUCUUACCACUGUUUGUUCUGAAGUUAUAAGAGAAGUUUCAAGAGAAGUCAGCAGAUCUAUUAAUGCUUAUGAUAUUACUAUCGACGUUUGUUUAUCGCCAAUUUCUGCACAGUCUCAGCUUCUGAAUAAAAUGCUGCAAGCAGAAAAAUUAGAUGUUUGUGUGGAAGAUGAAACAGAUAAAUACUUGAACCGAAAAGAUGUACAGGCAGCUUUGCGUGCUCAGCUUGUUGGAGUUACCGAAUGGACAUUUUGUAGCGAUGUGAUCAAAUAUGAUGUGCAAAACCUAGAAGUACCUACCAUUCAUAUUCUGGGAACACUUGCCAAAUCUGGCAUCAGGGUCUUGGUUUACAGUGGGGAUCAGGAUUCAGUUAUCCCAUUAAUCGGAACCCGGAAAUUAGUGAAUGAAUUGGCAAAGGAGUUGGGACUGAAAACAACUGUGCCUUAUAGAGCUUGGUUUGAGGGAAGACAGGUUGCUGGAUGGACACAAGUAUACGGCGAUAUCUUAUCGUUUGCUACAAUUAGAGGAGCAUCUCAUGAAGCUCCAUUUUCACAGCCUGAGAGGUCACUUGUUCUGUUUAACGGAUUUCUGGCAGGAAACCCACUGCCAGAAGAAGCAUAAAGGUCUAGUGACCAAAUUCAUGAAUAAUCAAUGGUGAGAUUAUAAUUAAUGCCAGUAAUUGUUGUAAGAAAAACAUAUUGUCAUUUUCAUUUUUGUUACCUUCUGAAGCAAAAAUUGUGACCACUGGAAGAGAUAACCAUUCUCUUAACUAGGUAGUUGUUUCAGUUCUUGGUCUGAGGAAGUAACAGCUAUUGAUUGCUGGAAGUAUUUCCCUCAAUCUUCA